AUGCGCGCACUCCAAAAUGUACCACUAAUCUUCACUCCAUUGUUGAGGCCUCACAGGCACUACUGUAUCAGAGGUCCGGAGGAUUCGCCCUACGUAGGUGGAUACUACCACGGGAAGAUCCUGUUCCCCAAAGAUUACCCUUAUAAGCCACCCGGUAUCAUGAUGGUUACACCAUCUGGCCGAUUUCAGACAAACACAAGGCUGUGCUUAUCCCUGAGUGACUUCCAUCCAGAUACAUGGCAUCCGGCAUGGUCCGUGUCUAGUAUAUUAAUUGGGCUCCUCUCCUUUAUGCUGGAAAACACACCCACUGCGGGUAGCGUGGAAACCACAGACACGCGCAAGAAGAUACUGGCCCAGAAGUCACUGGAGACAAACCUAGCCAAUGUCAAGUUUGUCAAACUAUUUCCGGAAAUUGCAGACGAGAUUACAAAGAAACUAAAUGACAGAUAUAGGUUGCAAGGUUCAUCGAGCAUUGGCAAACAGUCAAGCAAAGAAGAUAGCAGCAAGACCAAACAACGGGGAUCAGACUUGAUAGCGAAUGUAAUACUGCUUAUAAUCAUAAUUAUAUUUGUUUGGGUGGUGUCAAGGAUAAUAGAGGAAGUGUAACAUCUCGAGUAGCGCAGAUGAACUGCAUAGAGCGGCUUUUCUAUAAGAAAUAAAGACGAGAGUAUCGUACGAAUCG